AUGGAAGCCCAGAUCAUCUGUGCUGAUGCCCCCUGCCCACCUCCGCCCAAUGUGCCCUGUGCAUCUCCUCCAUCUGUCUGUUCAUCAACAGACGAUUCAUCUGUAUCCUUUGCAAUGUCCUUUAUGCGUUCUCCACACGUCCUCCGCCGUGUUCGCCACAGGUCCUCGCGCUGGGACCUCCACACAUACACCACAAGUCCCUCCCCAUGCUCUGCACAGAACCCUCACUCUGACCUCCACAUGUCCCUGUCCUCUCACCCUGACCUCCACAAAUCCCACUACCCUGACCUCCACACGUCCCAUCACCCUGACCUCUACACCUCCCCUUACCCUGACCUCCACACAUCCCCUCACUCUGACAUCCACAUGUCCCUGUCCCCUCACCCUGACCUCCACACGUCCCCUCACGCUGACCUCCACAUCUCCCCUCACCCUGACCUCCACACAUCCCCUCACCCUGACCUCCACACGUCCCAUCACCCUGACCUCCACACCUCCCCUUACCCUGACCUCCACACAUCCCCUCACUCUGACAUCCACAUGUCCCUGUCCCCUCACCCUGACCUCCACACGUCCCCUCACGCUGACCUCCACAUCUCCCCUCACCCUGACCUCCACAAAUCCCCCCACCCUGACCUCCACACAUCCCCUCACUCUGACAUCCACACAUCCCCUCACCCUGACCUCCACACGUCCCAUCACCCUGACCUCCACACAUCCCCUCACCCUGACCUCCACACAUCCCCCCACCCUGACCUCCACACAUCCCCUCACCCUGACCUCCACACGUCCCCUCACCCUGACCUCCACACAUCCCCAUACCCUGACCUCCACACAUCCCCUCACCCUGACCUCCACAAAUCCCCCCACCCUGACCUCCAAAAGUCCCCUAACCCUGACCUCCCAAAAUCCCCCCACCCUGACCUCCACACAUCCCCUCACCCUGACCUCCACAUGUCCACUCACCCCAAGCUCCACACGUCCCCUCACUCUGACCUCCACACAUCCCUGUCCCCUCACCCUGAUCUCCACACAUCCCCUUACCCUGACCUCUACACAUCCCCUCACCCUGACCUCCACACGUCCCUGUCCCCUCACCCUGACCUCCACAUGUCCCCUCACCCUGACCUCCACACGUCCCCUCACCCUGACCUCCACAAAUCCCCCCACCCUGACCUCCACACGUCCCCUCACCCUGACCUCCACAAAUCCCCCCACCCUGACCUCCACACGUCCCCUCACCCUGACCUCCACACGUCCCUGUCCCCUCACCCUGACCUCCACACAUCCCUGUCCCCUCACCCCGAGCUCCACACGUCCCCUCACCCUGACCUCCACACGUCCCCUCACCCUGACCUCCACACAUCCCCUCACCCUGACCUCCACACGUCCCCAUCCCCUCACCCCGAGAUCCACACAUCCCCUCACCCUGACCUCCACACAUCCCUGUCCCCUCACCCCGAGCUCCACACAUCCCCUCACCCUGACCUCCACACAUCCCUGUCCCCUCACCCCGAGCUCCACACAUCCCCUCACCCUGACCUCCACACGUCCCUGUCCCCUCACCCCGAGCUCCACACAUCCCCUCACCCUGACCUCCACACGUCCCUGUCCCCUCACCCCGAGCUCCACACAUCCCCUCACCCUGACCUCCACACGUCCCUGUCCCCUCACCCUGACCUCCACAUGUCCCCUCACCCUGACCUCCACACGUCCCCUCACCCUGACCUCCACAAAUCCCCCCACCCUGACCUCCACACGUCCCCUCACCCUGACCUCCACACAUCCCUGUCCCAUCACCCCGAGCUCCACACAUCCCCUCACCCUGACCUCCACACAUCCCUGUCCCCUCACCCCGAGCUCCACAAAUCCCCCCACCCUGACCUCCACAUGUCCCCUCACCCUGACCUCCACACGUCCCCUCACCCUGACCUCCACACAUCCCCUCACCCUGACCUCCACACAUCCCUGUCCCCUCACCCCGAGCUCCACACAUCCCCUCACCCUGACCUCCACACAUCCCUGUCCCCUCACCCUGAUCUCCACACGUCCCCUCACCCUGACCUCCACACCUCCCCUCACCCUGACCUCCACAUGUCCCCCGCCCACCGUGCUCUGCACAGGCUUCCCUCUGCGUCCGUGCUCUGCCUUAGCAUGCGGUCUGACCCCUUCAUCCCUGCAGCCUCACGGCGAGCCCUCGUGUCGUCGUCUUGCUUUGGGACUAUAAUGCAGUUGCUACGAGAAGCCCACCUGCACGGUCUGGAAGGGAGAAUGGGUGUGAUCACCCAUGUGUGCCUGGUUCAUGGAGAAAAUGAAGAUUCAUGUUACACUGAGAUGGAAGGCGAGGCGGACAUCGAAGUUCACUGUGAGGAAGCAGACAAAGAAGAGAUGCAGACCAGGCAAGAGCUAUCCAAGGCGAGAAAGAACAGAUUUUAG